CCAAACAGAAUCACUUUUGUUGCUUGUUCGUCAAUCUUCCGCUGCACUUCCGAACCUGCGCUUGUUUUCCUGCGUUUACUGACCCUUAGUUCACACACGAGUUCACGCUUUGACUGUCUGCUGUUCUAGCUUCGUUCCGGCUCUCCACAAAGCAAGUAUCAGGAGUCAUGACUCCCUCUGCAAUGGCCGAAGAUGAGAAACCGGUAUUCUUUUUCGACAUAGACAACUGUUUAUAUCCAAAGAGCACGAAUAUUCAACACAUGAUGUCAGAGUUGAUAGAUGAAUACUUCCAGACCCACCUUUCGCUCUCACAGAAAGAGGCGAAUGCGCUCCACUACAAAUAUUACAAAGAGUACGGCCUGGCAAUAGAAGGUCUUGUCCGUCACCACAAGGUGGAUGCGCUGGAUUACAACCGGAAGGUGGAUGAUGCGCUACCUCUGGAAGAUGUCAUCAAGCCUGACCCACAACUGCGUGCUCUACUGGAGGACAUUGAUACAAGCAAGAUUCGGCUAUGGUUGUUCACCAAUGCCUACAUUACCCAUGGCAAACGCGUAGUUAGACUCCUUCAGGUUGACGAUCUCUUCGAAGGGAUAACGUACUGUGAUUACGGCUCUGAGAAAUUCUACUGUAAACCUCACCCGGAGAUGUAUGACAAGGCCAUGAGGGAAGCCGGUGUCAAGUCGAACCAGAACUGCUACUUCGUCGACGAUUCCUACCUGAACACGAAAGCUGCCCAUGCUCGAGGCUGGAAUGCCGUCCAUCUUCUGGAUGAUGUGGACCCCGAUCCACCUCACCCGGCUUGCCAGUAUCAUAUACGACAUCUGUCGCAGUUACGAACCAUAUUUCCGCAGUUUUUCAAGAGUACAUCUUCCAAUUCGAACUGAUGACGGUCAUGGAGACCAAACACGGCGCAACACGACGCUUGGCAGUGCUGUUAGGUGCUGAGGAAUGUAUGGCGACAAUAGAAUGUAGGGCAUAGAAAUACCAUGGCAGAGGGUUGAAUACUGCCGAGCGAUACCAUUUAGACGAACACUUCUUAUCG